AUGGAUAGGAGUUGGAUGAAAAUUACGAAUAGAAGGUCACAAGAAUAUUUAGAUGGAGUCCAACAGUUUCUGAAUUUUGCAUCUAACUAUGCACACCCAGAUGGAACGAUUUCAUGUCCAUUUAGAAAAUGUGUGCAUACAAAUUCGUGGCCUAUAGAUGUCGUACAAGCUCACUUAGUGUCAAAGGGGAUUUGUAGGGGUUAUAACCCUUGGCUUUUUAAUAGGGAAUCAUCAUUUGCACAAACUUUUUCUGAAAUUCCCAAUAGUCAUGUACAAGAAAACCCAAUAAAGUAUGCCGAUCUUUGUGACAUGUUGCAUAACAUGUUCCCCAUACAAGAUAUGGCAUCUAGGCCAAUGGAAGAAGUCCCUAUUGUGCAACAACCCACAGAAGGUCCUGCAGAAGGUCCUGCAGAAGGUCCUAAUGAAGAUACACUUCGAUUUAUGAAAUUAUUUGAAGAUGCUAAUCAACCUUGUUAUGAAGGUUGUAAGCAUUUUAGCAAAUUGUUAGCCAUUGUGCAUUUGUGCCACAUGAAGUGUCUUAAUGGUUGGACCAACAAAUCAUUUACCACAUUGCUGCAAUUUUUGCUUGAUUUUCUUCCUUCAAAUGCUAAGUUGCCAAAAGAUUGUUAUGAGGCUAAGAAGAUUAUUAAGGAUUUGGGCUUGAGCUAUGAGAAGAUUCAUGCUUGUUCUAAAGAUUUUAUUUUAUAUUGGAAGGCGAAUCUUGAAGCUUGUCCAAACUGUAACCAUUCAAGAUGGGAAAGUAAUGAGUCUAAAAGUCAACAAAGUACUAAUACUUCCUCCAAGAAAAGAAAGAAGAAAGCUGCAAAGAUCCUAUGGUGGUUCCCCUUAAAGCCAAGAUUGCAAUGA